AUGUCAUUUCAAUGUGGUUUUCAUCCAUUUGCAAAUAGCGAGUGUUUUACAGACUCCAGAGAACAUAACUAUAUAUACAUUCAUAAUGAGUCAAGAUUAUGUAAUGGUGAAGUUUUCCUUCUGAUGGUGGUUCUAUCAACUCCUAGUGAUUUCAUCAUCAGACAAACCAUCAGAGAAACGUGGGGAUCUUUCGCUUCCAGCAAAUCUAAUAUUCGUCUAGCGUUUAUGCUUGGGAAAUUGGAAUCAGAAAUAUUCGACAAAAAAAUUGAAGAAGAAAGUGAAAAUCAUCAUGAUAUUAUACAGAAAGAUUUUAUAGAUUCUUAUGGUAAUCUAACUUUAAAAUCAGAAUCUAUUUUACAUUAUUCGGCUUUUUUUUGUCAAAAUGCUCAGUAUAUUUUAAAGGUUGAUUCAGAUAUGUUUAUAAAUGUACCGUUAUUAUUAGAUUCUUUAAAAAAUUCGGAUGAUGGAGUGAGUAUUAUAGGUCACAAAUUAGUUAACGAAAGACCAAUUGUAAACAAAACUGAAAAGUGGUAUAUUGAUCCGUCAACAUAUCCGUUAUCCUACUUCCCAGAUUUUACAUCAGGCACAUGUUAUGUCAUUCCUGGCAUAUUUACAAAGUCUUUAUUUAAAAUGUCUUUGAAAACGAGAUUGAUACGCUUGGAGGAUGUGUAUAUUACAGGUAUAUUAAGAGCAAGGCUAUCAUUACCAAUACGUGAUGACGACAGAUUCCAUACACAAAAAUGUGGUUUGAAUCCUUGUAGCACGCUACUGAAUAGUAUAUCUUGUCAUAGACAUACAAGUGAUGAAAUUAUUCAAUUGUGGGGGGUAUUUGAAAAAUGUUUCAAAAUGUGCAGCGAUUCAAAUACAUGUUUUAAUGUUACAUAG